AUGAAGGAAGAAUGUCGACCGAAGCCGAGAGGGGCUCCUGACGAGAAAUUUGGUAAGGUUUUUUUGAUAUUGAAGUUUUAGAAUGAGGAUGGACUUACUAUACGCUAGGAUGAACAAAAUUUAUAUAGUGAAGAAGAAAAUACAUUUCAUAUAGUUUUUAAAACUUUGGCUUUUUUAUAUAUGUAUUUUUAUAAGUUUUUAGUUCGUGGAGAUUGUCCAGCACGUCAAUUCGAAUGCAAAGAUGUCUUUGGUAACGUUCGGUGUGCUCUAGAACAGUGGCUAUGUGAUAAUCGGCUAGAUUGUGCAGAUGGAAUUGACGAAAUGUAUUGCGACUACGACUCAAACGCUACCACGAUAGAACCUGAUUCAGAUAGGACUUCAGGUCGACAUGAUAGCAUAAAUAAAGCACCAAUGUCAAACAAGGCAACAGGAUUGGGUAAUGCGGUUUCAUCACACGGAAAGAAUACUCUAAAACAAGCGACCGUGCCCUUUUCGAGUACAAUUAACUGUUUUAAAUGUCACGAUGGGAAAUGUGUUGACACGAGCACGUUGUGUGACGGUAAACGGGACUGUGACGGCGGAGAAGACGAACAAACAUGUACAACAACUGUUAAAGGUCAGUUUUUUUAA